AUAUUUAUGGGAUGCUCCUCCCAGCUUUUGCCCUCACUUUUCCGGCUGUCAGUCAUCCACUCGAACUUCAUCCGUCCAAAACUUCCCCAAAAAUAUUUGAAAACAAUUUUCAUUCCACUCCGGGCAACGUCGUACGCAUCGAUCUCGUGGGCCUCUGGUGGCCUCUGUUGAAGUCCCAACAGCGAGCCAGGUGGCUCACUCGUCGAUGACAGUGGUGUAUCCCACAGGUGACGCCUCGACGGCAAGUCCUCCCCCGCCGGUGCGUGGAUAUCCCACAGACGCCCCGCCACCAAGUCCUCCCACAGUUGACGACCCCUUUCCAAGUCCUCCCAGGGUCGAUGUCGGCCCCAGUAGACGCCCCGGCGCCAAGUCCUCCCCUAGUGAACCCCCCGCCUCCCGCAGUUGACGCCCCGGCGCCAAGUCCUCCCCUAAUUGAAAGUCCGCCGUCAAGUCCUCCCGCAGUGGAUGCCCCGCCGUCAAGUUCCCCGUCAAGUCCUCCCGCAGUGGACGCCCCACCGUCAAGUUCUCCGUCAAGUCCUCCCGCAGUGGACGCCCCGCCGCCAAGUCCUCUCCCACUGGUGAGUCCUCCGACUACUUCCACCUCUCCUCCACCGGCGUCUCUGAACGGGGGGUUGCCGCCGUGGAAGCUGGCGCUGAUAGUGGGGAUUGGGAUUGGGGGGCUCAUUGUGCUGGUUGGGGUGUGCAUAUCCGUGAUUCUAUAUCGAAGGAAGAGGAGGCGGCUUGAGUUGGGGAUUUACCCUCCACAGGGGCCUAAAGAUAUGCGUUCAUUAAAACCUUCGGUAUCAUCUCCAGGGAUGGCAUUAGGUCUUGCACAGAACACAUUCACAUACGAUGAACUAAAAAUAGCAACAGAUGAUUUCUCCAAUCUCCACCUACUUGGCCAAGGUGGUUUUGGCUAUGUUCAUAGAGGAGUACUUUCGAGCGGGAAAGUAGUUGCAAUCAAGCAGUUAAAAGCUGAAAGCAGACAAGGAGAGAGGGAAUUUCAAGCAGAGGUCGAGAUCAUUAGCCGUAUUCAUCACAGACACCUUGUGUCACUUAUUGGUUACUGCAUUUCUGGUCCUCAUAGAAUUUUGGUAUAUGAGUUUGUUCCAAAUGGCACACUGGAAUUUCAUUUGCACGGGAAGGAUCGCCCAACUAUGACUUGGCCUAUGAGGAUGAAGAUUGCUUUAGGUUCUGCAAGGGGGUUGGCAUAUCUACACGAGGAAUGUAAUCCCAGAAUCAUUCAUCGUGACAUCAAGGCUGCUAAUAUUCUUUUGGAAUCUAAUUUUGAGGCAAAGGUUGCAGAUUUUGGACUUGCAAAGUUUGCUUCUGAUACAGAUACUCAUGUAUUUACUCGAGUAAUGGGAACUUUUGGCUACCUGGCUCCAGAGUAUGCCUGUAGUGGAAAUCUCACCGAGAAAGCAGAUGUUUUUUCUUUUGGUGUUGUGCUUCUAGAGUUGAUCGGAGGGCGUCGUCCGGUUGACAUAACUCUACCCACUGAUGAGCAUAGCUUGGUUAAUUGGGCAAGGCCUUUGCUCACGCAAGCUUUAGAAGAUGGCAAUUUUGAUGUCAUAGUUGAUCCAAAACUAAACAAGGACUACGUUACCGAGGAAAUGACUCAGAUGAUUGCUUGUUCUGCUGCUUGUGUUCAUCCUUCUGCACGACAACGUCCACGAAUGACACAGGUAGUUCGAGCAUUGGAAGGAAACCUUUCUCUGGAUGAUUUAAAUGAGGGAAUUAUGCUAGGACCUACCAGAGUAUCUAGUCGUUAUCAAAGCUCAUAUCAUGACACCAGCGAAGACCAGGAGGAUUCAAAGAAAUUCGGGAUGAUGGCCCUGGAAACCCAAGAACAAGCCACAAGUGAGUUCGGUGGCCACAAUAGCGAGGAUGGCCUUCAACCAUCUAUUAAUACGACUGUCACGCUAGUGGAGGCUCUUAAUAUUAAUACGAAUUGAGAGGACAAGCCCACUUCCACAGUUCCAUGCCCUUUGACGUGGGGGCAAAAACCACAUCACAUUUCGUUAUGUCUAUGUUGUUGAUUUAAGUAGUAUAGUUUGACAUAUUCUAAAUAACAGUCGUCGUUGGUUCGGUAAUGUGCAAGAUUGGAACUCCAAAAAUUUCAAAGCA